ACAAUGACACAUAAACAUUGGCAUAACAAAACACAACCACAUCAGCUUCAUCUCUUAUUCUAAACUACAAACAAACAUUAACGUCUCCAAUGUCCACCGUCAGAAUUCAAGUUUCGGCGUGCGCUCUUUCCGCCACCGUCAACAACCUCCGUUACCGCCCAAACUACGCCGUUUCAACAAGCAUAUUCAAGAACAACCGUUUCAAUAUUAGACCCCUCAGAGUAUCAAUGUCUUCUGUUCCUCCUUCUGAACCUUUCGAAGUUGCUGUCAAAGCUUCUCUCACCACACCCAACAAGCUUGGAGACUGCCCUUUUACCCAAAGGGUAUUGCUGACAUUGGAGGAAAAACAUUUACCUUAUGAGCAGAAAUUGGUGGAUUUAAGGAACAAACCAGAAUGGUUCCUUGAAAUCAGUCCUGAAGGUAAAGUUCCUGUAAUAAACAUCGAUGGGAAAUGGGUUCCCGAUUCAGAUGUAAUCACACAAAUAUUGGAAGAGAAGUAUCCUAGCCCUCCAUUGGUGACUCCACCUGAAAAGGCUACAGCUGGAUCAAAGAUAUUUUCUACAUUUAUUGGAUUUCUCAAGAGCAAAGAUCCCAAUGACGGAACAGAACAAGCAUUACUGAAUGAACUAAACUCCUUCAAUGAUUACCUCAAGGAAAAUGGUCCUUUUAUCAAUGGGAAAGAUAUAUCUGCAGCUGACUUAUCACUUGGACCAAAGCUAUACCAUUUGGAGAUUGCUUUAGGACAUUUUAAGAAAUGGAAAAUACCCGAUUCACUGACCUUUGUGAAUUCUUACUUGAAGGAUAUUUUCUCAAGGGAAUCAUUCAUCAAGACACGUGCACAACCGGAGGAUGUGAUUGAAGGUUGGCGUCCUAAAGUGGAGGGUUGAUAAUAUUCACUCAUGCUCUACUAUUUUCUUUCAUUUGCUUGAGUAUUAAGGUUUACAUCCGACUCUAGUCAAGGAGUAUAUAUUGAGAAGCAUUCCAUUGUAGAGUUGAAUACCAAUAUCGCUAUGUAUUUUAGCAUUGAUUAUUCACCCUGAACUAAAUCAUAAUUGCUCUUUUAUGGCCAUAUAUUAUAACAUGUUAGGGAGAGAGGCCAUGAAGACUGCAUGUAGAGAAAAAUAAUUGCAUUCUACAAAGAGAAACUAGAAUAGAAUUACAUUCCUUAAACUAGUGCUGCACUAUGUAAGAAAUAAUAACUGUAAUUGGCAAUGGAAUGAUGUGCCAUUUACCUUGGUCUUAUAAAGAGGCAACUUUCCAUCCGAAAGAAACAUGAAUUUAA